AAAACUGGGUAUAUUUUAAAAAGCUUUGUUGGUCCUGAGAGUAAAACACCGCAACUGUGCUAGUGCGCUGGCCUCUCUCUCUCUCUCUCUGAAACACUCCAAGGCAAGCCCAGAAAUCGAUGAGAGAGAAACAUGUCUAAAGCGGAAAAGGAAUUUGUGUGUCUGUGAUUAUAUGGUUGUGAAUUGAGAUUUAGAGAACCUACCAGGAUGUUUAAGACAAAAGAAAUGGGCUUUUUGGGUUUGUGGGGAAAGUGAGGAAACUCAAGAGUUUGUGUUGGUUUGUAGAAAAUUGAAGGGUUUGUAAUUAUGGAAUCUCUGAAUGGUAUUGAUAAGUCAAGGGUUUUGGAUGUUAAACCUCUGCGUACUUUGAUGCCGGUGUUCCCAACCGGCGCUCAGGCCCCUAACUUUGGCUGCAUGCCUCCCUUUGGGCAUACUCCUAAUGGGUUCUCUCCAUUUUUCCCAUUUAGUGCACCACCACAGGCCACUCAACAGUCACCUGAUCUCAAUCAUGUGAGUCCUCCCGGAAUGCAAACACCAGCUGGUCACAUGCCGGCUCCACUUCGGUCGUACAGAGCCCCGAACCCAUCUGGAGCACUGCCCCAUGACUUUCCGGAGGAUUCCAACGGAGACGGGGAGUCGUCAAUGGGUGGGACGGCCAAUGAAGAUGGGUAUUUUGAUGGUCAUAAGGACGUGGCUCCUCAUCGUGGUUCUAGUUCAUCUCGAAAGAAGACCAACAGAGCUAGUUCAUCUCGAAAGAAGGUUAAGAAAAGUGGAGAUGCUGAUGCAUUGAUCUUUGUUGGAAACAAAGGAUCGAGCGUGAACUUUGUUUCUUUGAUCAGUCCAGUUCAACUAGAAGAUGGUAACAGGGAGUUGGUUAAUUAUGUACUCGUGAAUUUUGAUGCACUCCGGAGAAGGAUCUGCCAGAUUGAAGAUACCAAGGAAAAGAACACCGACACCAUUAAGCGUGCAGAUUUAAAAGCUGGUAAUAUUGCAAUGACCAAAAAGGUUCGAACAAACAUGAGGAGGAGAAUUGGAGUUGUCCCUGGAGUUGAGAUUGGGGACAUUUUCUUUUUCAGAAUGGAAAUGUGUGUGGUGGGAUUACAUGCUCCAUCAAUGGCUGGUAUUGAUUACAUGACUCUCAAGGGUGAUUUGGAAAAAGAUCCCAUAGCCUUGAGCAUUGUUUCUUCAGGAGGCUACGAGGAUGAAACAGAUAGCAGCGAUGUCUUGAUAUAUAGUGGUCAGGGUGGGAAUACCAACAACAAAGAUAAGCAGGUGGCUGUCUCUGAUCAGAAGCUUGAAAGGGGUAAUCUUGCUCUUGAGAGAAGCUUGCAACGUGGCAAUGAAGUAAGAGUGAUUCGAGGGUUGAAAGAUGAUACUACUCUUAAUUCCAAGGUCUAUGUCUAUGAUGGCCUCUACAAAAUCCAAGAGUCAUGGACGGAGAGGGGAAAAUCUGGUGGCAAUAUGUUCAAGUACAAGUUAGUGAGGGUGCCUGGACAGCCUGAUGCCUUUUCAGUUCUGCAAACAAUCCGAAAGUGGAAGGACGGUUUAUCAUCGAGGGCUGGACUUGUUCUUCCAGACCUCACUUCAGGGGCUGAACGUAUACCUGUUUCCCUUGUAAAUGAAGUUGAUAAUGAAAAGGGGCCUGCUUAUUUCACGUAUUUCCCUUCGCUCAAGUAUUCUAAAUCUUUCACUUUAACACAGCCUUCUCUCGGUUGCAAAUGCCGUAGUGCAUGCCUCCCAGGUGAUAUGAAUUGCUCUUGCAUUCAGAAAAAUGAAGGUGAAUUUCCUUACACUGGUAAUGGGAUUCUAGUCAGCCGUAAACAGUUGGUGCAUGAAUGUGGUGCUACAUGUUCAUGCCCUCCUAACUGCAAAAACCGGGUAUCCCAAAGUGGUGUAAAAGUGCGCUUGGAAGUGUUUAGGACAAAGGAUAGGGGCUGGGGCCUACGGUCAUGGGAUUCUAUUCGUGCUGGUACUUUUAUUUGUGAGUAUGCUGGUGAAGUUAUAGAUGAAGUGAAAUUCAAAAAUAAAGGGGAUGAAGGUGAAACUGAUGACUAUAUUUUUGAUACAAGGCGCGAUUAUGACUCCUUUAAGUGGAAUUAUGAACCUGGCUUACUAGAUGAGGAUAGUCCUAAUGAUUCUGUUGAGGAUUAUAGCAUCCCAUAUCCCCUUAUCAUAAGUGCCAAGAAUGCUGGGAAUGUAGCUCGAUUCAUCAAUCACGGUUGUUCACCAAAUGUUUUUUGGCAACCAGUUCUAUAUGAACAGAACAAUCAGUCUUUUCUCCAUAUUGCUUUUUUUGCCAUCAGACACAUUCCCCCUUUGACAGAACUGACAUAUGAUUAUGGGAUUUCAAUGUCUGAUGAAGCGGCCAAUAACAAUGGCCUCCAUAGGAAAAAGAAAUGUUUGUGUGGAUCCUCAAAAUGCCGGGGUUAUUUUGGCUGAUGGUUUGUGUAGUUUCUACCAACAGAGGAGCAUGGUGCCAGCAAACUUGACACUGGUUAAAAUGUUUGGAAUCUUUCCCAUCUUUAUAUGUUUGUAUCUUUCAAUCUUUGAUUGUUUAGUUUGCAAUCUGCACCAUGUUUAUAUGUAUUGAAACUUAGCUUAACUUUUUGAUUUUGUUGUUGUAUCUUU